AGAGUGCGCUUGUUGUUCGUGAAAAAAAAAAUUUUAUUUGUGAAUAUAAAUUUUAAUAAACAACAGUUCAAUAUCUCCCUUUUGAGUGAGAUAAUAUGUUGUAAACGUAUUCUUAUCAAGGUUGAAAGCUGUGAAUAAUGGUUUCGGGACUUUAUUCAAGCGGAUCGCAGGAUAAAAAAAUGAAUACUAUGCCGUCUACUGCGCCGACCUCAGCCGAUGCUUGUCUUAGCAUUGUGCACAGCUUAAUGUGUCACCGUCAAGGGGGUGAAUCUGAGGGAUUUGCAAAACGAGCGAUUGAAUCGUUGGUGAAAAAAUUGAAAGAGAAACGUGACGAACUUGACUCAUUGAUAACUGCAAUAACUACAAAUGGAGCUCAUCCAAGUAAAUGCGUCACCAUUCAAAGAACAUUGGAUGGCCGUUUACAAGUUGCUGGACGCAAAGGAUUUCCACAUGUCAUUUAUGCUCGUAUAUGGCGAUGGCCAGAUUUACAUAAGAACGAGUUGAAACAUGUGAAGUAUUGUCAGUUUGCGUUUGACCUGAAAUGUGAUUCAGUCUGUGUCAAUCCAUACCAUUAUGAGCGAGUUGUUUCACCAGGAAUUGAUUUAUCUGGAUUGACUCUUCAAGCAGGCCCAAGAAAUAUUGUGAAAGAUGAGUAUACGCCCGGCGGAUCUAUCGUUGGGCAAUCAAAUCUUGAAAUGGAUGGAAACGAGAUUGGAACUAUUCAACAUCAUCCGAUUCAUAUUCCUGGUAUGGGCUACACUGCUAUGGCCAUGCAUCAGCAACCAGGAUCAGGCGGCGAAGCGAAGCCGGGCUCAAUUAUAUAUCCACCUCGUGUGGUGCCUAAAGUUGAACCCAAUACAAAUGAUGUACAAGCCCGAAAUGUUUGGGCACAACCAUCUUCAGUUUCAUCACAACAGCGGCUUUCCCAUGCACCGCCACAUUCAACAACUCAUAUUCUGCCUCCUUUCACCCAACAACAGUGUAUUAGCGGUGGUGUUCAAGCUAAUUGGACAGCUCGAGGUUCUAAUACUUUGACGUAUACGCAAUCAAUGCAGCCGCCAGACACAAGAGCUAUGAAUCAAGCAUAUUGGCCACCAAUUCAAGCUGAAAUGACAAAUCAACAACAACGACUGUCACAACAACCAGCGCCAGAAUAUUGGUGUUCUAUUGCUUACUUUGAACUUGACACUCAAGUCGGUGAAACAUUUAAAGUUCCAUCCAGUAAGCCUCAUGUUACUGUAGAUGGAUAUGUUGAUCCAUCUGGUGGUAACCGUUUUUGUUUGGGUGCAUUAAGCAAUGUUCACAGAACCGAACAAAGUGAAAGAGCUCGUUUGCAUAUAGGAAAAGGAGUUCAACUUGAUUUACGUGGUGAAGGCGACGUUUGGCUUCGAUGUUUGAGCGAUCAUUCAGUGUUUGUUCAAAGUUAUUAUUUGGAUCGUGAAGCUGGAAGAACUCCUGGAGAUGCCGUUCAUAAAAUUUAUCCAUCAGCAUGCAUUAAAGUUUUUGAUUUACGUCAAUGUCAUCAACAGAUGCAAUCAUUGGCUGCUAAUGCUCAAGCAGCAGCUGCCGCUCAAGCAGCAGCUGUUGCUGGAAUUCCUGGACAUGUUGGUGUUCCAUCAAGAAAUUUGACAGCAGCUGCAGGUAUCGGUGUUGAUGAUCUUCGUCGACUUUGCAUACUUCGAUUAAGCUUCGUGAAAGGCUGGGGGCCUGAUUAUCCACGUCAAUCGAUCAAAGAUACUCCAUGUUGGGUUGAAGUACAUUUACAUCGUGCUCUGCAACUUCUCGAUGAAGUUCUCCAUCGCAUGCCAAUCGAUGGGCGUGAAACAAAUUAGACAGUGCAAAUUCAUGGUAAUAAAAUGACAUAAAAGAGAUUAUAAAAGAGUUAAAAGCUUUCCUGAGUUAUGAACAUAUAACGAAAAGAAGAAAAAACAAAAGAAGUCUUUCUAUUUUUUUCAGAAAUAAAACAGAAAUAAACAAAAGAAGAAUAUGCUAAGGAAGAUAAUAAUUAAAAAAAUCCCUCUACUGCUUAACUCUUUUUUCUUUCACAUUGAACUUCCGAUUGUCAUUUAAUGUCUUCAUUGACAAAUUUAGUUGGUAUUUUUCUGCUUACUAAUAGUACAUUUUAAAAAGAAAACUCAUAAACUCUACAUUGUAGGAAUUAGUGUGAAAAUAUUUUUCGGCAUCUCAAACAUUAAUAAGAAAUUUAUUGGAAAAAAAAAUAGUUUUAAUGACAUGCAGAGGCUCUAAACUUGGCUUCAUAGCGAAAACAUAAAAAGAAGAGUUGAAAUUUUGUAUACAUUGAUUUUUUUUUUGUAAUUGCUGGUAAUUACUCAAAUUAGACUUUGGUAAUCGAUAGAUGAGAGGAAAAUUAAUUUUAAUUAAUUUUUAAAAAAGUAAUUAAUGUAAUCGUUUGAACAUGGAAGAAGAAAAAUAUGAUAAAAAGAGACCUUUCUGUGGUCAUGAAAAAAAAGUAAAAAAUGCAAUUCUAAUUUUAUACGAUGAUGUUUUUAUAAUUUUUUUUUGACAUGGCAGUUAAGCGAAUAAAAAAAGUUCAAAGAUA